AUGUCGGUCUGUUGGACGUGCCGGACGCUGCUCCGGCGCCACAUCGACGUCCUGCGGCAGUUGCGCCAGCGCCGAGCACAUUCCACCAACAGCGACAGGGACCCGGCGAAGGCGAGCAAAGACGUGCUCCAGCAGGAGCAGAUCCCGACCCCUAACAACGUGCCGACGCUCAACUUCUGGCAGCGGCUGGGCCCGCUGACGAGGGCCGCCCAGGCGUACGCGCGGGCGCAGCGCAAGCGGCCAUACACGACGCAGGUCUGCACUUCGUUGUUCAUCUACCUGUGCUCCGACAUCUCGGCGCAGAGCAUAGGCGGGCGAGACUACGACCCGAUUCGGACGGCGCGCUCGUUGUUGAUCAGCUCAAUAUCGUCGAUUCCGAGUUAUCACUGGUUCGUCUGGCUCUCCAACAGCUUCAACUUCGCGUCGCGCCUCCUGUCGUUGGCCACCAAGGUCAUUGUCAACCAGAUCUGCUUCACACCAGUCUUCAACACAUAUUUCUUCGGGAUGCAAGCGCUGCUGUCGGGCGCGACCCUGGCCGAGACGUGGGAGCGCAUCGUCAAGACCGUCCCCGUCAGCUGCGUCAAUUCGUGCAAGCUGUGGCCAGCAGUCACUGCCUUCAGCUUCGCGUUUCUCCCGCUGGAGUACCGGCCGGUUUUCGGAGGCGUCAUCGCUGUUGGGUGGCAGACAUAUCUCAGCUACCUCAACCGGUUGGCCGAACGGAGUGUUGCUGCCGCGCGGGCGAAGGCCCUGGAGGAAGCCCCAGCCAUCGGCCAGGUCGCCGCCUAG